AUGGACACCUACUACUUUCCUGACGUGUCGACUCUUCAGAAUCCUCCUAACAAGGCCGACCUAAAAUGGCUCAACGUUGCUAUCAGCCUCUCCUUCAUCCUCUUCGACAUUGGCAUCUCGACGGUCUUCCGACUAGGACUCAGUGCUUCGCUCUUAAUUGCCUCUCUACGAUGUAUAGGCCAACUUGCGGUCGUCGCAAAGCUUUUGCAGACAGUGUUCGAGACUGAGAACCCUUGGUUGGUUGCUCUUAUCUCAUUCGUGCUCAACUUCCUUGGGACUUUCGAAACAGUGGUCAACAAAUCACCACGAAGGUUUUGCUACAUGUUCCCGGCGGUCCUGGUUGCGAUGCUAGGCUCAACGAUACCCAUAUCCAUCAUUGGAACGCGAUUUGCCAUGUCAGUCCAGCCGUUUUGGACACCGAUUCAAUACAUACCCAUCGUUGGAAUGCUAUGCGGUUCCACGAUUUCCGGAAUCGUAGUGGCCACCAGCUACGUCCUCAAAGAGCUCAUGGAAAACCGUGAUAAAGUUGAGAUCUACCUCGCCUUCGGUGCCACGAGAACAGAAGCAUGUCAACCCAUCGUGGUCGAAGCACUCCGACUAGCUCUCACCCAUCCAAUAAACAACAUGAGGUACGUGCUGAUGCACUCCCCUUCCCCUCGCUUCCCCGUCCAAAAGGCUGACUGGAAGCAAACCAAAAGCGUCCUCGGCAUCAUCGCGAUCCCCGGCAUGAUGACAGGUGCCAUCCUAGGAGGAGCCGAUGUGCAGCAAGCCGCCAAACUCCAGAUGAUCAUCGUCUUCAUGAUCACAGCGAGCACUUCUCUAGCCGCCAUUCUAACGACCUUCGCCGCCAUCCUUGUCGUCGUCGAUACGGAACACCGGAUACGAGGGGACAGGGUUUCCAUCCGGAGCGGAAUGCAGCUUUGGCCGAAGAGUUUCGGUUUGAAGACUGUGUUCUUGUGGGUUCUGGGAGGUGUUAGGUUGUUCAUGAGUAGACUGAGUGGGAAUGGAGGGGAUGAAGGGGAACUGAGAGGUCUGCUUGAUUAA